GAACAUAAAAUGUGUGCUUAAAAAAGUAUAAUUUUAAGGAUUCAUCAUGAAGAAGUCGUGGAACUUCAGGAUAAUUUUUUACAUUCUUUGUUCUAGAGAAAUACUUUGUCAACAUGAUACUUUUGAAAACAAUCAUAACAUAAAUACUUCAAAUUAUGACGACCACAUGGUAAAAUUAAGCAAGCCUUUUGAUAGAGGACCCUAUUUUGAUACGUCUGCAACAAAGAAUGUUACAUCUCUUGUGGGUAAAACCGGUCACUUAAACUGUCGAAUAAAAAAUCUUGGCAACAAAACGGUCUCAUGGAUUCGGCACAGGGACUUGCAUCUUUUAACUGUAGCAGAAAGCACUUAUACUUCGGACCAAAGAUUCAGUUCAAUUUAUAAUAAGCAAACCGGAGAUUGGUCUUUGCAGAUCAAAUUCCCCCAAAAAAGAGAUUCUGGAAUUUACGAAUGUCAAGUGUCGACGAGUCCUCCAGUUGGGUAUACAAUGGUUUUUUCUGUUGUUGAACCAAUAACUACUAUUCCUGGCGGCCCAGAGUUGUAUAUUGAUUUGGGAUCAACAGUAAAUCUUACCUGCAUAGUUAAGCAUCUUCCAGAUCCUCCUUUAACGGUUCAUUGGACACACAAUAAUGAGGAGAUAAACUAUGACUCACCACGAGGUGGCGUUUCCGUUAUUACUGAAAAGGGUGAUUUAACAACAUCGUAUUUGCUAAUACAAAGAGCUAGAAUUUCAGAUUCUGGUAGAUAUUCAUGCUUACCGUCAAAUGCCAAUGUGAAAUCCGUCAACGUUCAUAUUUUAAACGGAGAUCAUCCUGCGGCCGUACAACGAGCUCCCACAUUAAAAUUAUUUCAUCUAAGUCAUGUAAUCUUGUUAAUAGUUUAUGUAUACACAUAAACAAAUAAUUACACAUAUGUAUAUGUACGUAGUAUUAAGAGUGGCGUUAAAAGUAAGAAUUUUUGUAUGAGUUUAAAUCUCUUGUGAAUAAAUUAUACUGACGA